CGCAUGCUGGACGACGCCAAGAUUGUCAGCGACAUGCUCAUGACCAUCUGUGCUAGAAUAGGCAUUACAAACUACGAUGAGUACUCGCUUGUGCGAGACAUUGGCGAGGAGAAGAAGGAGGAGACCACCGGCACCCUGAAGAGAGACAAGACUCUGCUGAGAGACGAUAAGAAGAUGGAGAAGCUGAAGCAGAAGCUCCACACAGAUGAUGAGUGUAUGACAAACACUAGCCCUCACCCUCACUGCCUGACUGGGACAAACUGACACCAUUUACAAAGAAAGGACUAACGUCAUGCAUUACAUUUGCCGA